CACACACACACACACAGACACACACACACACGUACACGCAUGCAGACAGGAUGGACAUCCUCCUGGAAGUAGCUGCUCCAGAGCCCAGGCUCCUCGGCGAUCUCUGCCCAGCUGGAGUGGACCUGUGUGGGGAGCGGGGCCACGGUCUCCCCCUGUCCCGUGCGGAUGAGCUGGACGGCUGCUGCUGUGAGUGUGGAGGAACCGGGACGCCCGAGGGGCACAGAGGCUGUCAGUGUCGGGACGCAGCGCAGAACGGCGAGGGGGAGCUAGAGAGGUGUGUGCUUCAACUCAAGGAGAGGUCUUGGAAUCAUCCCCUUAUAAAAGAAGCCAGUCAGUCAGCCACCCAACAUAUACAGAGCCAGGCAGUGCAGACGGAGGCGCAGAUAAAGGAGGAGUUUGAGAAGCUUCGCCAGUUCCUGAGGAGAGAGGAGGAGGCGCGCAUCGCCAUGGUGAGGGAGGAGGAGGAGCGCAAGAGGAAGAGAGCGAAGGAGGAGUCCGAGAAAUUGGACAAACUGAUUCAGGAGCUCGCAGACACCGUCAAAGACCUUGAGACAGAGUUGGACAGGGACGAAAUCUCAUUUCUGCAGAAACUGAACAUCAAACCAAUUUGA